AUGGACAAAUACAUGUGUGCGCAAAAGCUUAGCGGCGCACGAAUGGACGCUCAAAAGGGAAUGAUGGAUAUGGUUCAAUCCAAGAUCACGUGGGCAGAAGCAUACAAGGUGGUCCUCACUAAAAAGACAAAAUGGUCACACAUGUUAGAAAAUGGUCAGCCUUUUUUCAAUAAACAGCUGAAAGGCAAAGGACACAAGUAG